AUUCUCACUUUCACUUUCACACUCAUACUAUUUUUUUUACCAUUAAAGCCACCUUCGCCAUGUCCGCUGUUGUUCUGCGAAAGAGAGUCCAUCAAAAUGACUGGCGAGAGAGCAAGGAAAACGCGGAUACUGUUGCCAACGCUGCGCAGCCACAAAACAACAGAAAACGCGUGUACAAGAAGAAAGCAGCCCCACGCCAGAACAAAGCCCAGCCUGUGCCUAUUACGCCGUCCGAUAGCAGCAACACAAAAGAAGGCAGUCCGGCUGGUGACGAGCAGGUCGACGCAGCACCCGGCCCUUGCCCCAGCAACGCCCAUAUUGAUGCCAAGCCCAGCUCGUCGGAAAGACAAAAGAUGUUUGAGCGUAUGGAGCCGGCUAUGUGCGAGUUAAGGCGACAUCUCAGCGGACCACAUCCCAGCGUCGUCGAACUGGCACCACCAGUGGCUGCGGAAUACAAGCAGAGGGCGGCCACAGUUGCUGAUAUUGUUCACCGGGCCAUGGAGCAGCUUUCAUCUGGCUCCAAGCACACGCCGGCCGGCGACUUGGCUAUUUUGGAAGAGCUCAUCAACGCCGACUCGGUCUGGCCCGUUAGGCUAGCUCGCUCGAGCUACGCCGCCAUUGAUUAGUUGGCGAGCAAGCUCAGGCAGGACUACAAUGCGCUUUCCAGGUGGACAGGCACACACACAUCUAGGGACCACAACGGAAGCAGCAGCAGUGGCGACGUGAGCAAGGGCGCCGAGACAUUUACCUCGUUCGUAUCUCGUAUUAUUCAGGGGAUGCAUCAGCAUGCCAAUGGAGAGCAAGGGCGCCCCGAGCCACGCCGAGUGCUCAUUCCGUCCACUGCGCCAAUCAGCACUACAAGUACUGGAGACGACUGCACCCACCAGACCACUGU